CGCAUGAGCAUCACAAGUGGAGUGAGCCUCUGGAAUGGUGGUUCUGGUAGGAUAUACUAGGCAGUGACUGGGUCGUGAGUUGUUUAAUAUAUUUGCUCUUCUGUGUGAUAAGUUAUAUUUUUCAUUAUGUCAGAAGAUCCGAGAAUUCCAACAGAAAUGGAAGAUCAAACAGUUUCCAAUGUAAACAAAAUUAGCCCAGGCAAAAACUUCAUUGCAGGUGGAUUUGGUGGCGCUUGUUGUGUUGCAGCCGGCCAUCCCCUAGAUACUAUUAAGGUGAGACUACAAACGAUGCCUAAACCUCCUCCAGGUCAGCCACCCAUGUUUACAGGAACGUUUGACUGUGCUCGGAGAACUGUUGUAAAUGAGGGUUUUCUGGGCUUGUACAAAGGUAUGGCAGCACCAAUAGCUGGAGUGACACCAAUGUUUGCUGUCUGCUUUUUUGGUUUUGGGCUAGGAAAGAAAGUACAGCAAAAACAUCCAAAUGACGAACUAUCCCUUCCACAAGUCUUUAAUGCAGGAAUGAUGGCAGGUGUUUUUACCACAUUCAUUAUGACCCCUGGAGAGAGAAUUAAGUGCCUUCUUCAGAUUCAACAAGCAUCUGGAAGUUCUAAGUACAAAGGACCAAUUGAUUGUGCACGUCAGAUUUACAAGGAAGGGGGUAUUCGAAGUAUUUACAGAGGAACCUGUGCUACUUUGCUCAGGGACGUUCCUGCUACUGGAACUUGGUUUCUAACUUAUGAAUUUCUGAAGAAAAUUCUAACACCAGAUGGGAAAAGCCGAAGUGACCUUAGUCCAUUAAAAACUAUGUUUGCCGGAGGCAUGGCUGGAGUGUUUAACUGGAUUGUAGCCAUUGGGCCAGAUGUUCUCAAAUCUCGUCUUCAAACAGCACCAGAGGGCACCUACCCUCGAGGGAUUAGGGAUGUAUUUCGAAGAACACUAGCUGAGGAAGGUGUAUCUGCUCUUUAUCGGGGCAUAACUCCAGUGAUGCUAAGAGCUUUCCCUGCUAAUGCAGCGUGUUUCCUUGGGUUUGAGGUUGCAAUGAAAGUGCUUCACUGGGCAGCCCCAAACUGGUAAUAGUGUUUUAGGUUUGAAUUUCCCUAGUUUCAGGAAAGCUCUAACAGCUUGAAGAAAGAAUCAAAAAGUAAAUCACAAUUUAUAUUGCUCAUUUUUGCAUUAGAAGUAAGUUUUAAAUAUUAAGAGUUGAUGGUUUUAUUGGUAACUGAUUUGAAGGGAAUCACUUUUAUAUUUUUCUAUUACAAUUGAAAGUUUUUAUCUAUUUUUCUAAAUGUAUGAAUCAGUGAAAAAAUAUUCUUUCAACAAUCAACUUUUAAAAUACUUUAUAUAAGAAUCAUAGAUUGUAAUAAAAUGUCUGGGUUUGUUUGAAUGAUCAAGAAAAUAAUGCAACAAAUAUCAAAACCAUAUUAUUUCUUUUUUUUACAGUGAAAUUUUAGUAAUGACAAAAGAAAUUCAGUGUGACUGUUUAUAUAUAUAUAUAUCCUAGUUGCUGUCAUUAAUUUAGGAUUAUUUUAAAUUGAUUAUGUGAGAAUUGUGCAGGGCAAGUAUUAUUACUGCCCACUAUUUAUCCAUGAAGAAACUUAGAAAAGUUAACUUGUCAGCUUAGUAUUAUGCAAAGAAAUUACACUUAUUCGGAUUCUAGCUAUAAUUCUGAAGAUUCAAUAUUGUUUUCAGGUUUUAGUUUCUUAUUGCAAGCAGUUAGAGACUCCUUUGUUAUUUCAUCUUUUUCCUCUCUGUAAAAUACAAGUAGCUUUGGCUUUUUCUAGUUACUUUCAUAUUCCAAAUAAUUGUACUUGUACAAUUAUUAAUUGUGGAGAAGCUUCACCUUGUAUGAUGCUUAUUUCAGUUUUGGUCAUCUUUAACAAAAAAAAACAGAAAAUUCAAUUCCAUGCUAUAAUUUUGAAUUGUUCAAUCAUUAAAUUUAAAGUCUGAAUUUUUCCACCCUGCAUUAUUAUUCUGUUCCACUCUAUUAUUUGGAAGAUGAGAGUAGUGACUAAGAAUUAUUGUAUAAUGUUCAAAUCUCAAGUUCUUCAAAAAAAAAAGUAUCCUUUAUUCUCUCAUUCUCAGCACUUUUAAACAAAGAAUUGAUUUCACAAUGCAUUACUGUCAGUAUACAACAUUUGUGUACAUCAAGUUACACACACACCUUUUUAUAAAUUCUGUAAUUAUUAAAACAAUCUUUUCACAACAUUAAGAGUUAAAUAAAAAAACAAAAAAACACUGAUAAUUUUUGGUUUCUAUGGUUACAUGUUGAGCCUCAUCUAAACAAGAUAAAUCCUACUAAUGUACUUGCCCAAAAGAAGGGAUGUAAAGGUAUUUUACAGAUCACAUACUUCUGCAGCUACUUCUUUAAUUAAUAGGUUAGUUAAUUGUGUAAUAGCUUAAUUUUAAUUCUUUUCAAUUGUUAAAGCUUAAAUCAGUUUUUAUGAUACCCAACAUGACUUGCACCAAAGUAUCAAAAAUAAUCCUAUUCAUCUGCUUAGUUGCUGUACUAGGUAUAAAAAUUAUGUUUCUCAUUUGAAUAUUUGUUGUUAUGAAGUAUUGAAAAUGUUCCUAAGCAACUGCUUACUUGUUAUAAUAACUAUAUAUGAAAAUUUUCUUUCCUUUUAUUUGAUUUAUCUCAGUAUUAAACAUGUUCCUUCUCGGCUGGAUACUUGUGCUAGGUAGGAAAAUUGUCUUGUUUUAUGUUCAUACUCAACUGGUUACUUGCUGUACUAAGUUAUGAAAAAUUAUCUUUCUCAUCUGUUUAUUUACUGCACGAAAAUUUUAAAAAUGUGACUUCAAUGUUUAUCUUCCAAAUUUUCUGACUUGAGUAUGUGUACAAAGAAAAUUAGGUUGGAAAGUUGAUCAGUUUAUUUUGCUUAAUGACCUGCAAACAUAUAUGUGAUAUGACAAAAAAUUUUAACGGGUUAAGUGGUUUUUGCUAAAUGGUUUGUUUAUAUUACAAAUACCUAUCACUAGUCAACUUAUUACAUGCAAGUUGGUAAACAUUAUUUAGGUAUUUCAUAGAAUUAAGAUAAACUUUUAUCUUUUUUAAAUGUACAGUAGCUAGCAGUUUUAUCUCUACAAAAGGAAUCCUUCCAUUCCAUGUUAAAUGAUGCAUGAACAAUGUUAAAAUUAUAUUUCCAUUCCAUCCAGAACGUUGUGUAAAAAAACUAAAUUAUCCUUCUAUUCCAUCCAGAACGUUGUGUAAAAAUACUAAAAUUAUCCUUCUAUUCCAUCCUGAACGGUGUGUAAAAAUACAAAAAUUAUCCUUCUAUUCCAUCCUGAAUGGUGUGUGAAAAACACUAAAAUUAUCCUUCUAUUCCAUCCGGAAUGGUGUGUGAAAAACACUAAAAUUAUCCUUCUAUUCCAUCCGGAAUGGUGUGUGAAAAACACUAAAAUUAUUCUUCUAUUCCAUCCGGAAUGGUGUGUGAAAAACACUAAAAUUAUUCUUCUAUUCCAUCCAGAACGUUGUGUAAAAAUACUAAAAUUAUCCUUCUAUUCCAUCCAGAACGUUGUGUAAAAAUACUAAAAUUAUCCUUCUAUUUCUUCCAGAACGUUGUGUGAAAAACACUAAAAUUAUUCUUCCAUUUCAUUCUCAGUGGUAUGUGAAGAAAAUUAGUUAUCCUUCCUUUCCAUUUUGAAUGAUAUGUGAGCAAUUUUAGAAUUAAAUUUCCAUUCCAUUCAAAAUGAUGUGUAAAAAAAUAUUAAAAUUCUCCUUCUGUACCAUACUGAAUGGUAUAUGAACAGUAUUAAAAUGAAAAUUAUUUUGCAUUACAUUAACAUUAUUAAAAUUAACAUUACCUCAUGAUUAGAAAUAUAAAAAUUAACAUUACUUCAUGAUUAGAAAUAUAAAAAUUUACAUUAAUUUACAUUAGCAGUAUCAAAAUUAAUUUUAUUAAACUAACAUUACUUCUGCAUUUACAUACUGCGGUAUUAGUAGCUUUUUUCUGAAAAGCAAACUUCAUAAGAUUUAAAUCACAUUUUAAACUAUAUAUAUUGAAAGUAGUGCAUUUAGAUUGCACCUUAGUUGGGGAUAAACUUGCAUUAUCAUAGAAUGUUCACCUGGAUAAUUUCUAGUUAACUGACUUCUAAUGUAAUGUUUCUUACACAUCUAGCAUUAUAGGUUGGUAAACUAUAAAAAUCUCAGUAACAUUAUUCCAAAGAUUUUGAGUGUUUAGCAUCAUAUGUUCUGUGUAGUAAGAUAAAACUGAAUUUAUAUAUAUAAUCAACUUGGUUUACUAUGUAAUUAUUUAAUACUCUCUUCGAAUAUUUUUUUAUCCUAAUAAUUGCUUUGAGUAUGAAACUUUCUACUGUUAAUUUUGCUGAAUGAAAAUUUUCUACUGUUACUUUGUUCGAGUGAAAAGGUUUUACUCUAAUGUCAUUUUGCCUGAAUGAAGGUAAAAAAUCUUGGUCUUUUCUAUUAAAAUUCUCAAUGCUAAAUAAAUAGAAUAUUUUUUUUUAAUUUUAA